UUCUGGGAUGCGUAUAAAGGAGGUGCUCAGGGUUGUCAGACCAGAGGGGUCCCUUUUUGAGCUGCUCUCUUCCAGCAGCCCCACAUCCCUGAUCCUCUUCCCCAUCACAUCUGCCAGCAUGAGCCAGCAGCUGUCAGCUGGGAGGUGUCUUCAUGGAAGGAAGUUCUCAGCAUCUUCUGCUGUGAGCAGCGUGAGCCGCUGCCGGAGCAGCACCUUCCCCUCUGCCACACCACUGGGAAGAGGGCAUGGAGCCUGGAGCAGCCAAAGCCUCUGUGAUGUGGGGGGCUGGAAAUGGAUUUCUGCUGGCCACAGCCUGGCAUGGGUGGGCUGUGGAGGGUGGGGGCACAGGGGUGUCCAUGCCUGCAGGGAAAGAGGGGGUCAGGGGAGUGCCUUCAACUGCAGAAGCAAAGGUAUUCGUGUGGUGCACGUCAAUGAGAGCCUGCUGCAGCCUCUUGAUGUGAAGAUCGACCCCGAAAUGCAGCACAUCCGAAGGGAGGAGCGAGAGCAGCUGAAGAACCUCAACAACCAGUUUGCCUGCUUGAUUGACAAGGUGCAGCAUCUGGAGCAGCAGAACAGGCUGCUGGCCACCAAAUGGGACCUCCUCCAAAAGCAGGUCCUGCCGUCCCAGAAGAACUUCAGGCAGGUCUUCAACAACUUCAUCUGCAGCCUGCAGAGGCGGCUGGACUUGCUGCUGCAUGAGAGGGAGAGGAUGGAGCCUGAGCUGAACAACACGGAGAAGCUGGUUGAAGAGUUCAAAUGCAAAUAUGAGCAGGAAGCAAGCAGACGCACAGCUGCUGAGAACGAGUUUGUGUUACUGAAGAAGGAUGCAGACUGUGUCUAUUUGACCAAGGCAAAGCUGGAAGCAAAGCUGGAAACCCUAAAGCAGGAGACGGAGUUCCUGAAGUGUGUGUCGGCUCAGGAAAUUGCCGAGCUGGAGACAAGCCUCUGUGAUACCUCCGUUGUUGUGAAAAUGGACAACAGCCGAGGUCUGGACAUGGAGGGCAUCCUCAGGAGUGUUGAGUGCUGGUAUGAGGACGCAGCUCAGAAAAGCAAGACAGAGUUGGAUGCAUUGUACAGAACUAGGUACCAAGAGCUUGAGGAGGCAAAGAGGAGUCAUUGCAAUCAAAUCAAGUCCCACCAGCAACAGAUUGAAGAGCUGGGUUUUGCGAUCCAGAGAUGGCAGUGUGACCUUGAAAAUGUGAAGAAGCAGGUGUUCUCUCUGCAAACAUCAGUUAGGGAUACUGAGCAGCGCGGGGACUGUGCUCUGAAGGAUGCGCGGAAGAAGCACACAGAGAUGCAGAACGCCCUCCAGAAGGCCAAGGACGAGCUGGCUUGCAUGCUGCAGGGUUACCAGGAGCUGCUGAACGUCAAGCUGGCCCUGGACAUUGAGAUUGCAACCUAUAAGACUUUACUGGAGGGUGAAGAGAGCAGGUGGGUACCUUUGCAACAGUGUGCGUGCAGUGCUCAGUCUUGGGACACCAGCAGAGAAAAGGAGGCAGGAAAAUCCCUGCGAGACCUGUGUUUUCCCACAACAGUGAUCACCACUCCUUGCAACAGCUCCUCUGGCUGCAAAGCCAGCCCGGGCUGUGGACGUGGUCCGCAGUGCAGAAGACGCGGGUCCUUCUGUGGUGCCAGGAGAGCAUCCCAGCCGGGAGAUGCUGCAGCCUGCCACGGGGGGUUCACCUCGAGAAGUGCCACCAGCUCCACAGGGAGGUGCUGGGUCCCUGGUGCUCCCAGCUGUGGCUGCUUCCCCAAGAGUAGCUCUGGAGGUCUGGAGGUUGGGUUGUGA